AUGAAUUUCCGCAGUCCUAAUAUUCUCAUUAAUCAACCCAACAGGUGUACCUCUAAUGGCAAACAUGACAGCGUGACUCUUCUCUUUGGAAUUAAAUCUAGUGCACACAAUUUUGAACAACGACAAGCUGUUAGGCAGACUUGGGGGCAAGAAGGGGUUUAUGAAGAUGGUUUGCUGGUACGCACAGUUUUUCUCUUGGGUACCUCUUCCUUGGAUGAUCCUGAUCUCGGAAUGCUCUUAUCCCUUGAAGCACAGCAGUUUGGUGAUCUGCUUGUUUGGGACUUUAAGGACACAUUUUACAACCUUACUCUAAAGGAACAUGUAUUUCUCAAAUGGUCUAUCCUACACUGUCCUCAGGUCUCCUUUAUUUUCAAGGGUGAUGAUGAUGUUUUUGUUAACACAAGAGCUAUUCUUGAAUACCUUAAGUCACUGGAGCCAGCCAAGAAGUCAAAACUGUAUGUUGGCAAUAUAAUAAUACAAACCUCCCCUGUGCGUUUCCCUAAUAUAAAGUACUUUGUCCCACACACCUUCUAUGAUGGACCCUAUCCACCCUAUGCUGGUGGUGGUGGCUUUGUCUUCUCAGGGGCUUUGCUAGAGUCCCUCUACAGUAUAAGCUGGUACAUCCCCUUUCAUCCCAUAGAUGAUGUCUACACAGGGAUGUGUUUCUUAGCUCUUGAUAUAGCUGCAGAGAAACACAUGGGGUUCAAGACAUUUGACAUCAUGGUGAAGGAGCGGGAGAAUCCAUGUCUGCACAAAGAUCUGAUUAUGGUGCAUCAAAGAAGUCCACAGCAAAUUAUACGGUUGUGGCGGAAAUUGGAGAGCCCUCUCCUCACCUGUUACAACAAAUCUCCUAUAACCUAA